AUGACGCUGAAUACCUUCCACUUCGCCGGAGUGGGUGCCAAGAACGUCACGCUGGGGGUGCCCCGCUUGAAGGAGCUGAUCAACGUGGCGAAGGUAGUGAAGACGCCUUCCUUGGCUGUAUAUCUGAGCGGGGACCUGGGUCAAAACCAGGAACGCGCCAAGGAUGUUCAGAGUAUGCUUGAGCACACGACCCUCGAGAAGGUGACCUCCUUCACUCAGAUCUUCUGGGAUCCCGAUCCGGAGCAUACGCUUGUCGAGGAGGAUCAGGAGUGGGUCUCCUUGUACUACGAGCUUCCAGACGAGGACGAGAACCCGCAGCGCUGUGGACCCUGGCUGUUGCGCAUCCAGUUGAGCAACAAGGUCAUGACUGACAAAAAGCUUACAGUGCGCGAGGUGGGAGAGCGCAUCCUGAGCGAUUUCCAGAAUGACCUCGACUGCAUCUUCACAGAUGACAAUGCCGAAGAGCUCGUCCUCCGGAUUCGACUUCUCAAGGAGCCUGAUCAGAUCGGUGUCGCCCCCAGACGCUUUGACCCCCGGGAUGACACCGAGGACAAGAAUUUCAAGUUCCUGAGGACGAUCGAGGCCAACAUUCUCAAGGAGAUGACCUUGAAGGGCAUCCAGGGCAUCAAGAAGGUGUUCAUGCGUGAAGACAAGGUCACCAAGUACGACGAGGGGACGGGCAAGUUCGAGAGGUCACAGGAGUGGGUGCUGGACACAGACGGCGUCAACAUGGAGGAGGUCAUGCUUCUUGAAGAGGUGGACUUCAAGCGCCUGCAAAGCAACGACAUCGUUGAGAUCCUGAACGUGCUAGGCAUCGAGGCGACCCGGAAGGCUCUUCUCUUCCAUGUCCGCAUGGUGAUCUCCUUCGACGGCUCUUACGUCAACUACCGACAUCUUGGCACAAUGUGCGAUGUCAUGACGAAUCGAGGGCAUCUAAUGGCCAUCACUCGCCACGGUGUGAAUCGCACCAACAUGGGCCCACUGAUGAAAUGUAGCUUCGAAGAGACGGUGGAGAUUCUGAUGGAUGCAGCAGUGUACCAUGAGACGGACCACAUGCGAUCGGUGUCCGAGAACAUCAUCUUUGGCCAGCUGGUUCCAAUUGGUACCGGGAGCUUCGAUGUCCACAUGGAUGACAUGAAGACUGUGGACCCAGAGACGAGCCUUCAGCCUCUCUGUUCUCUGGAUCACGCCACCGUGGUGCUGCCGAGCAAGUCCAAGAGUGGUGAGUACUAUUCCGUGAACACCCCGGAGCCUCACAUGGAGGAUGAUGACCUGGAAGAGAACGUCGAAACGCCGCAUGAGGACGAGGCAAUGAUUAACGAGCUCUUCCCUACCACCGGAGGCACAUACGCCCACAUGGCGACACCGGAGGUUUCGCCGGACUCACCCGGGGAUUUGGGAGAAGGCGCCUUCCGAUCCCCCUUCAGCGUGGCACCAGCCGGUGGGCCGUCGCCAUUCUCUGUGCGGGCUACGCCUCGGGCAACACCCUACGGCGGGCGCUGGAUAGCUUACUCAAGCUUUUUGAAUUCGAAUGUACUGUGCGUUACAAUGCGUUACAUGACACCGCUUUGCUUUGGCUCAGCGCUUUUUGAUCUCGGCCGUGCCGCGCCUUCCUUGGUAAACGCUUCCCACUCUUGGAGCGAUUGGACGCAAUGGCAAGCAUUGUGGCAGCCCAAGUGCGACCCAAGAUACUGCAGCAUUUGGAAGCUCGGUAGCGAAAGCGUGGUGCCCUCGGACAUCACCAUCGUUGAGGAGAAGAAGACGAUCGGAAAGCGCAAGCUGAUGCCCUGGGAGCGCACUGGCCUCCUGGGCAUGGCACCUAUGCUCCAUCUUCACUACAGCAAGCUGGACAAGGGCGACAAGCGCAAGAUCCUCUCCCGGAAGUUCGAUCCGGAUGACGCCUCUGAGGCCAACCAGAUCUGCAUCCGCCGACAGGAGUCCGUUCGGAAGGAGGUGGUGGCCACGAACUUCAUGUGGGACACUGCGUUGACCAUGGCGGGGCUGACUUGGUGGUCCUUCCGCAGGUACAACUACCAAUCGCGUCUCGUCGCUCUUCCCUUCAUCUUCUAUGGUGGAACCUUUGUCGGACGUGUGAUUGGCGACGUCGUCACAGGCCUAGUGGUGAGCGUGUGA